CCGUCUCUCACCAACUUACGUUACCCUUCACGCGCCAGUGGAGAACCUUCCAGAUUCUCUCUCUCCGUCGCUUUAUUUUCCGAUUCUUGAAUUCUCAAACAAGCUUGUUCUAGGGUUUUUCCGCCCCUUGCUUUGCUCAAUUCGGCUUCAGCGCUCAAUUUCUCCGAGAGAUAAUUUCUUUCGGUUGCUUUACUGGUUGCAUUUGCGUACGCCUGCCCUAAACAAUCCCUCGAGCGACCGCCGGACUCCGGACGCUUCAGGGUUGGGCUGCACUGAGUUGAAUUCUAGUGUUUUCUGAGUAAUAAGUGAUAGAGGUCGAUGGAUGACUGGGAGGAUGAGAACAUUCCACCACUCCAGAAGGAGCAGCCAAAGAAUAAAUGGGACGAUGAGGAUGUGGAUGACAACGAUGUGAAAGAAUCCUGGGAGGAUGAAGAUGAACCUGCACCGGUUCCAGUGGUUAAACCUCCUCCUGAAACCGCUCCAAAGAAACCAGCAGCAAAAACUACUGAAAAGAAAGCGAAAACUGUUGUGGUAGAACCUAAACAGCCUCUAGAUCCAUUAGCUGAGAAACUUCGCCAACAAAGGCUAGUGGAAGAAGCUGAUUAUAAGUCCACUACCGAGUUGUUUGGAAAGAGAGGUGAUGAGAAGACUCUUGAUAAUUUCAUUCCAAAAUCUGAGAGUGACUUCUUGGAAUAUGCAGAGCUGAUCUCUCAUAAACUUCGCCCAUAUGAGAAAAGUUUCCAUUAUAUUAAUCUGCUUAAAGAUGCCAUGAGACUGUCGAUGACUUCUUUAAAAGCAGCGGAUGCUAAGGAAGUUGCUUCUUCUGUUACUGCACUUGCAAAUGAAAAACUAAAAGCGGAGAAGGAAGCCAAUGCUGGUAAAAAGAAGACGGCUGUGAAGAAGAAGCAGCUCCAUGUUGAAAAAGCAGAUGAUGACAUGAUUGCCAAUACGUAUGAUGCUAUCGAUGACUACGACUUCAUGUAAUUGCUCCAGUUCAACAUAUAGCCCGAGUAUCAUCGAUUUUUGGCCUGCGAAUGGAGGUCAGGUUAUUUGGCAUAUCUCCCCUUUAAUACACCAAUAGAUUUAUUCCCGAGUGUCUUGUCUCAAUAAGGUUCAUGUAUUAGACUUGUGUAUGGUAUAUCAUUAUAAAUUUUGCUCUUUUACUUCAUUAUUUUGUUCAAUAGAGCCUUUGAGAAUGUAAAAGAAUGCGGUGGUCAUUUCAUUUCAACUCAGAUUGUCAAGUUUUGUAUGUCGUGAAUAUUUUUUCCUCCUACUUGAUUUACAUUUUCUUUCAAAAAGUCGUUGGUUCUAUAAAAAUUCUUAGUGCUGUA